AUUUUUGAAGUUUGUGACAUUGAAUAACACACGAAAGGUCAAUGAAAUAAACUCCGAGUUUUAGUAGAAAUCAUUAACAUUUUACAGCGAAAUUAACAUAACUGAUUGCAUUUCGCAGUUGCGCUUUGUUCAGGGUAGUCGUGUGUUCAGUAAAUUAUAAAGAUGGGUUCCCGUUUUCAAGUGGUUGAACAAGGCCCGCCGAUUGAAGUUUUUCAGCUAAAUAAACUUUUUGUAGAGGAUACCUACCAGAAUAAAGUUAAUCUAGGUGUUGGGGCAUACAGAGAUGAAAAUGGCAAGCCCUGGGUGCUUCCCGUUGUCCGGAAGAUGGAGAAACAAAUGGCUGCUGACGACACCCUCCUCCACGAGUACUUGCCAGUACUUGGAUUGGAACAGUUCUCAGCGUCAUCAGUGUCCAUGCUGUUAGGAGAAGACAGCCCGGCCAUCGCCGCUGGUCGCGCUUUCGGUGUUCAAACACUAUCCGGCACGGGCAGUUUGCGCGUCGGCGCAGAACUAUUGAACAAGCACCUCAAGUACACCACCUUCUAUUACUCAAGUCCUACGUGGGAGAACCACCACCUCGUAUUCAUCAACUCCGGCUUCACGCAGCCUCGUACCUACCGUUACUGGGACGACAAGACCCGCUCGUUGGACUUCGACGGUCUCAUCGAGGACCUGAAAAACGCGCCAGAGAACAGCGUCAUUAUACUACACGCGUGCGCGCAUAAUCCCACUGGCAUGGACCCCACGCAGGAGCAGUGGGAGAAGAUCGCUGACGUCAUGGAGGAGCGCAAGUUGUUCCCGUUCUUCGACAGCGCGUACCAGGGCUUCGCGUCAGGCGACCUCGACAAGGACGCGUGGGCCGUGCGCUACUUCGUCAAGCGAGGCUUCGAGCUCAUCUGCGCGCAGUCCUACGCGAAGAACUUUGGGCUCUACAACGAGCGAGUGGGCAACUUGACGCUGGUGGUGUCGGACGCGUCGCUGGUUCCCGCCAUCAAGUCGCAGCUGACGUGGGUGGUGCGCGGCAUGUACUCCAACCCGCCGGCGCACGGCGCUCGCGUCGUCGCCAACGUGCUGGCCAACAAGCAGCUGUUCGGCGAGUGGAGGGACCAUAUCAAGGUGAUGUCUUCGAGAGUCAUCCAGAUGAGAGAAGCUUUGAGGGCCGAGCUGAUCAAACUAGGCACGCCCGGCAACUGGGACCACAUAGUAAAGCAGAUCGGCCUAUUCUCCUACACCGGCCUGACCCCUCGUCAAGUCGAGCACCUAAUCCAGGAGUACCACAUCUACCUGCUCCGCUCAGGCCGCAUCAACAUCUGUGGCCUGAAUCCGGGCAACGUGGUCUAUAUGGCCAAGGCGGUCCACGACGCCGUCACCAAGUUCCCGGCUGAACACGACAGUCGAGCCAAAUUAUAGAGGACCAGCCAUAGAUAAGCUAUUUCUAACCAGAUUGGUCUUUGGAUGGCCCAGGAAUAUCACAAUUUUGGUACGAUGUCGUAUUUUCUUUGGUGAUGGGAUGCAUGUCAAAUAACAAUGCAAGUACCUAAUUAAUAUGGAAAAUGUAUAGUAAAAUAUCGAAUUUGUUUCCUCAGAAAAUGUGUUGAGUAAAAAUCAAAACAAGUAUUUUGUAAACAGGGUAAUAUAUUUUAUAAAUACAAAAUUAUAUUCUAUGCUUCCAUAG